AGGAGAAGGGGGCAUCUGGACAUGGAAACAGCCCGCCAUAAAAACGAGGGACCACUGGAAAACGAGGGACAGCCAGCAGAUGAAGUGGAGCCAGAAGAUGAAGACAAGUCAGACGAGGAAGCCAAGUGGGAGGAGGAGGGCAAGGGGAAGAGCGAGGGACAGCUAGGGGACCAGGGCGCGCCGGGCGCUGAGAGCCGAGCAGUCAAGGAGGGCCAGCCUGAGAAGCAGGGUCGGGCGUCCGGGGCGGGCCAGCCCCCUACCCAGGGCCAGCCCGCAGCCCCCGCGGCGCCGCCCGAGAGCGAGCGGCGCGCCGCUGAGAAGCGCCCGGCCGAAGACUACGUGCCCCGCAAAGCCAAACGGAAAACGGACCGGGGCACGGACGACUCCCCCAGGGAGUGCCAGGAGGACUUCCAGGACCGGCAUGCCAGCAGCGAGGAGAUGCUGAGCGAGUGCGCCGACGUGUCCAGGGCGCAGGAGGAGCUGCGGAAAAAGCAGAAAAUGGGCGGUUUCCACUGGGUGCCUAGAGAGGUUCAGGAUCCCUUCACCCCUCGGGGCCAACGGGGCGUGCGGGGCGUGCGGGGAGGAGGGAGGGGCCAGAGGGGCUUGCACGACGUCCCCUACCUGUAGCGCCAGAGGCCUGGCGUUCUGCUCUGCGCUCUCCACUGAGAAUGCUACCAGCCCCACUUUCCCUGGGCUUCAACCUUAAGCAGAUGCUUCGCUUUAGGUGUCGCACUUCCGAUCAGCAAAGCCUUUCAUCCAACUGCAGCGCCUGCCUCUUGGUAGAGGAUCUGCACCCUCG